GAGCGCAGAGAGUUGAUGCUGCGUCUUGAGGGAACCGGUCGGUCCCGCUGCUUUCCACUUCGCACUGCCAGACUUUUUACCCGAUUUGCGGCUGUUGGCCGCAGUGCCCUAAGGCUCAGCCCUGACUCUGACUCUGGCCUUAGUUCAGGCGCCAUCCAGCUACUGCUGUCUGACUGCCCACCUGACAGGCUGCGGCGCUUCCUACGGACCCUGCGCCUUAAACUGGCUACUGCCCCUGGCCCUGGGCCGGCCCCUUUCCGAUCCCGGCUGCUUGGCCCCCGACCUCAGGCCUUCUAUACCAUCAGUCCUAUCCAACCAGAGAAUGUGCAACCCGUGUCGACCACUGGAAGUCAGGACACGACCCCUGUGAAGCGGCCAUGCACCCUGGACAGAGACCAGUCUGGCAAGGUGAGGACUGAGCCAGGGGCAUCUUCUCCCAAGAAGAUGGUGCCCAGGCAUCGGCUCCAGCUUCCCUCCCCCAAGCCCCAGCUGUCCCAGGAGCAGGCCCAGGUGCUAAGUGCUGCCCUGAGGGGCAAGAGCAUCUUCUUCACUGGAAGUGCAGGGACAGGGAAGUCCUACCUGCUGAAGAGGAUCCUUGGUUCCCUUCCCCCAAAGGGCACAGUAGUCACAGCUAGCACCGGAGUGGCUGCCUGUCACAUUGGGGGGACCACCCUUCAUGCUUUUGCAGGAAUUGGUUCAGGAAAGGCCCCUCUUGCCCAGUGUGUGGCUCUGGCACAGAGACCCAGCAUCCGGCAGAGUUGGCUGAGCUGUCAGCGGCUUGUCAUCGAUGAAGUCUCAAUGGUAGAGGCAAGUCUGUUUGACAAGCUAGAAGCAGUGGCCAGGGCAGUUAGACAGCAGGACAAGCCCUUUGGGGGGAUUCAGCUCAUCAUUUGUGGAGACUUCCUGCAGUUGCCACCAGUGACCAAGAACAACCAGCCUCCCCAAUUCUGCUUUCAGGCUAAAAGCUGGAGGAAAUGUAUCCAGUUGACCAUGGAACUGACUGAGGUGUGGAGACAGACAGACCAGACUUUUAUCUCACUGUUACAGGCUGUGCGACUAGGCAGGUGCUCAGAUGAGGUGACCCAGCAGCUAAAGGCCACGGCCAAACACAAAGUGGAGCGAGAUGGAAUCUUGGCCACAAGACUCUGUACCCACCAGGAUGAUGUGGCAUUGACCAAUGAGCGGAGGCUGCAGCAGCUGCCUGGCCAAAUCUACAGCUAUGAGGCUGUGGAUAGUGACCCUGAUAUGGUCAGGACCCUCGAUUCCCAGUGUCCUGUGAGUCACCUCCUACAGCUAAAGCUGGGGGCUCAGGUGAUGCUGGUGAAGAACUUGGCAGUCUCUCAGGGCCUGGUAAAUGGGGCACGAGGAGUCGUGGUUGGAUUUGAAGCAGAUGGUAGAGGGCUUCCUAGGGUGAAAUUCCUGUGUGGAAUCACAGAGGUUGUCCGGACCGAGCGAUGGACUGUUCAUGGCCCUGGUGGUCAGCUCCUCACCAGACAACAGCUGCCCCUCCGGUUAGCCUGGGCUCUAUCUAUUCACAAGAGUCAGGGCAUGACUCUUGACUGUGUGGAGAUUUCACUGGCCCGAGUGUUUGAGAGUGGCCAGGCCUACGUGGCCCUCUCGAGGGCCCGAAGCCUUCAGGGUUUGCGAGUGCUGGAUUUUGAUCCCUCUGUGGUACGGUGUGAUCCCCGGGUGCUGAAGUUCUAUGCCUCUCUACAGGAGCAGGCUUAUCUGGAUGAGGACGAAAAGGAUUCAGAACAGGAGAAUAUGGACCCUGACACCUGAGACCCAGCCCCCAAAAGAUCAGAAAAUCCUAAUUCUCACACUUCCUGUGUAACCUUGGAGCUUCCUCAUCCAUAAAAUGAGGGGGAGUGGACUUAAUAAUGGCCUCUGAAGACCCUUUCAGGCCUAGAUCUUUGAUCUUGUAAGGACCGUGUGUGUCUUUGUAUAUGUCUCUCCCUCCCUUUCAUUCUCAGGGGUUGGGGGUAUGUGUGUGACUUCUCCAAAAAUAUGCUCCCUCUUUUUGUUCAUCUCUGAGCCAGGGGACUAUGUCUUCUACUACCUCAACAUUCUCUCUGAGCAAGGUGGAGCCCUUAGCCUACUUCCUUGGCUGCUGGAGCGUGGACUUUAGUCCUGUAUCCAUAACUUUGUCUUCUAAUCAGAAAUCACACCUUUCUAUGGAGGUUGUGAUCUUUUCACUUCCAUAAUUCCCAGGAGGGGCUGGGAGCUGAGGAAGAGGUUCUCUUCCCCUUGUACACUGUAACUCAACUUCCUUAUCCCCCACUCACUCCUAUGAGCCACAAAUAAGCUCAAGUUCAGAGGUUCUGAAUCUGGGGCCCAUGAACUGGUUUUUAAAAUAUGUAAAUA